UAGAUAGAUAGAUAUUAUGUAGUAUAUAGUAGUGUAGUAAACAAGGCGGGGAUGUAAACAGUGCGCUCGUGCAGGUCAUAUGACUCAGGGCUAUAGGAUGUCCACCGAGUUGCCAAAAUCACCGCGUGAGACACAGAGUCGGGUUUAAAAGAGAGCAAAUCUGGCAACCCGGAGCACUUCCGCGCUGUUCUGUAACGAUGUGAAGAUCUGCGUCUGCUGUCAGGGCAGAUCUAUUCAGGACCAGCUCCUUGUACAUCAUGCUUGGUCCAGCCCAGACCAGGAGAGGGACGGACCAUGUGGGAGUCAUAUGAACACAGAAGACAAGGAACAAACGAAUAGAGCGAGAGAGAGAGAGAGAGAUAGAGAGAGAGAUUUUCCCCUGAAAUGAACACAACCACCGUGUCCCCUCACCCGGGCGGAGGAGACGUGGCCCUGACGUAUGUGCUGCUCCCGUUUCUCAUCAUCACCUUCGCCGGGAUUAUUCUAGCGGUGGUGAUGUACGUGAAGAGGAGGCAAAGGAUCGACAGAUUACGGCAUCAGCUGCUCCCGGUGUAUACGUACGACCCGACCGAGGAGCUGAACGAAGCCGAGCAGGAGAUGUGGAGAGAAGAUGACACUAAGGGCUGGACGACGUCGUACCAACAGCAGUGGCCUCUUCUCCCAAAAAACCGAAACGUUUCACAGAAGAUGUGAUUUUUACUCUAACGCUCGACAUUCUGGAGAAUAAAGCGCUCUUCACGUUUUUGGACACGUCGCUCCGGUCUCUUCGCCGAGAAAAGAAAAAAAUAAACAGGAAGCAAGAGACGGAAAUGGACGAUGCUGCGAUGCUGCGAUGCUGCGAUGCAUUUAUUACACACACUCUCUCUCACACACACACACACACACAAAGACACACAAACACACAAUAAUGCAAAUAGGAAACCCAUAGAAAGCAUUGUAAGUGUACAGAAGUGUAUUUAUUCGUAGAGUUGACUGAUCUACAGUAUGUACUGAAGCCAAACACGUAGUGAUACGGAUAAAUGUUUAAAAUCGUGAUAGUGACGCAUCAGAAAUGUCAGAUUAGUUUACAUUUUCUGUGCAUUUGCUUGCUAUCCAAAGAUGUGACUAAGUAUCCAUGGAAACCAGUUCUGGAUGUGGAUUCCUAAACAUCACAUAAAUGAUAUGCAUUAUAUACCAUAAUAGUAAUCAUCAUCAUCAUCAUCAUCAUCACCAUCAUCAUCAUCAUUAUAUAAGCCUAAGAUUUAAAGGAGUUCUGAAAAUCAGGGUAGAAUUUUCAGCACUCACACUUCCUGCUCUGAUACUGAAACCUGCUGGUGUGGAAGGAAGGAUUUAUUUAUUUAUUUAUUUUGCUGUUGAUGGUGUGUGUGUGUGUGUGUGUGAUGUGUUAUGAUAUCAGGUCGGUCAUCCUUACACUUUAUACGGUUUACUGUUGAAACCUUCUUCAGAAACCAAGUCAAGAUCAGAUCAGAGAAGAGACUUUCUCUCUGUGACUAAAUGACUUUCUGAGAACUCGCAAACUUCUGAUCCAGAAAAGUGUGUGUGUGUGUGUGUGUGUGUGUGUGUGUGUGUGUAUACAAAACACACACCUGCCACAUUUCAGACUUCUUGCUUCCAUCAUGUCACACCAGCCGAAAUGAAAUCCACGCUGUUGUCGGAUAAAUAACUUUUUAAAGUCGGCCGUCGGACCGUGACGCUUGCAUCGACCAAUCGUUGGCAUGGAUUACCGUAAACUCCUCCCCUUUAACUUCUGAAACUAGAACAAAUCAGCCUCAGGAAACCUGAAGACCUGAACGUGAUGAAACGAGCAUGUGCUGUAAAAUGUACAGAAAACUUACAUUAUGGGUCAUAAUAUUAAAGAGAUUUAUUAAAUGUUAUAAAAGUAUUGAUUUUUAUUCAAAAUAAAAAUAAAUCCACUUUUGUUUAAUCAUAA